AUGAAAGACGCACGCGACUCUACCUCCAUGACUGAGGUCGAGGAUAUCGAGGGCAAGCCGGCCGUGGCCCACGAGACACUGGUUGCUAGCUAUGUCCCCGGUACCGACGAGGAGAAGCGACUGGUUCGCAAGAUCGACCUCUAUCUGUUGCCGUGUAUUUGGGUGAUGUACCUCCUGAGUUACAUGGACCGCACAAACAUCGGCAAUGCCAAAGUCGCCGGCAUGGACACCGACCUCGACCUCGACAGCAACCGCUACUCAAUCGCCCUCGUCGUCUUCUUCAUCGGCUACGUGAUCUUCGAAGUCCCCAGCAACAUGCUCCUCUCGCACAUAAAGCCCAACAUAUACCUCCCGUGCAUCAUGUUCGCCUGGGGCUGCGUCACCAUCGGAAUGGCCUUCGUGCAGACAUACAAGGCGCUCAUUGGGUUUAGAGUUGCGAUGGGUCUGCUCGAGGCGGGAUUUGCGCCGGGCGUGCUGCUCGUUAUCAGUUCGUGGUAUAAGAAGUCCGAGCAGUCGAAGCGGUUCGCGGUGUAUAUCUCAGCGGCUAUUCUCUCAGGUGCCUUUGGCGGUUUGAUUGCCGGCGGCAUUGUAGGCGGGUUGGAUGGUGCACAUGGGAUCGAGGGCUGGCGGUGGCUGUUCAUCGUGGAGGGGGCGGCUACCGCGGGCGUAUCGAUCAUCGCGUCGUUCCUCCUGCUCGACUUCCCCGCAAGCACGAAACGGCUCAACGAGCGCGAGAGGGAGCUCGCCAUGGCGCGGAUGGCAGCCGAAGCGAUGGCUGUCGACGGGGACGGCACAGAGGUACUCGGCCACGCGCAGGCGCUCAAGGCCAGCCUCAGCAAUUGGAAGACCUGGCUGUUUGUCGUUGGAUACAUGGCAAUCGUCGGCUCCUCAACCCUCUCCUACUUCUACCCCACCCUCGUCGAAGGCCUGGGCUACACCGGCAACAUGGCGCAAUACAUGGUGAUCCCCAUCUACGCCGCGGCGUUCGUCUGCAACGCCAUCACCGGGUACUUCGCCGACCGGCACCAGGACAAACGCGGGUACUUCCUCGUCGCGAUGAUGACGGUCGCCAUGGUCUGCUCGAUCAUCAUCUGCGCCGUCUACGACUUCAAGGCGCGCUAUGCCCUCCUCGUUAUCAUGGGGAUGGGUCUCUGGGCAUCGAACGGGCUAUCGCUUGCCUAUGCGUCCGUGAGCUUUGGCGAGAUGCCGCGGGAGGUCCGGGGGAUUUCGCUGGCGCUCGUCAAUGCGAUGGGGAAUCUGGCGCAGAUCUAUGGCGCGUAUUUGUUUCCGGAUAGUGAUCGGCCGAAGUAUCUUAUGGGCUUUGGGGUUAUCAGUGGGCUUUGCUUUACGGGGGUUGCGAGUUAUUUGGCGUUGCAGGUUUUGCUUACACGGAGGGCGAGGGUUUAG